GAAAAAUUUAAAAACAAGAAACAAUUAGUUAAAUUAAUAUGGAUCGCUUUUUAAAUCUGGGUAAACGUCGAGUGUCUUCAUCAAGUGCCGACAAGCCGGACUGUGAGUGCUCCUCCAGCACAGACUCUGAAAAAGAUUUGGAACCAAAUCGACAGAGUAACAAAAAGAAGUCGAAAAUUUCACAUGUUUGGAAAUAUUUUAAAAGGUCUGACGACAAGAAAUAUGCCAAAUGUCUCGAUUGUGGCAAAGAAUACAAGACAAGCGGCAAUACAUCUAACUUGCACGACCAUUUAAAAAGGUUCCAUCCUGGCGUGGAAAGAAAGAGCGCAGAAUCGAGCACACAAGUUGUACGUGCUGAGAGGAACGUCACUACAUCUACAAGCAGCAGUUGCAGAUCGAGCAUGACCUCUGUGGCGUCUUACUUUAAAAGAGCCGUCAUGUAUGAUUCAAAUUCUAAAAGAAAGACAGACAUAGAUAAAGCUCUAACUGAAAUGGUUGCCAAAGAUGUGCAGCCCUACAAUAUUGUCGAAAACGAAGGUUACGUGUGA